AUGCAUGAACUGCAGGGCUACAACGUCAACCACGACGAAACAAAGAUGCAUGAACUGCAGGGCUACAACGUGAACGACGAUGAAACAAAGAUGCAUGAACUGCAUCAAACGUAUGGAACUCUGCUGAGCGAGGAACAAAAUCUGAAGAUUCGAGUGACUAUCCAUCAAAUUUUGGCAGUCGACUUGGACCAAGAAACGUUCACCAUGGAACUGGAUGUUUGUUUCAGGUGGAAAGAUCCCAGGCUGAGGAAUGCGAAAACCAGAGUGUGGUUGCCUCGUGAGUCCACCUUGAAGGGGCGACAAACAUGCGAAGGUAGUACCUGUUAUUGCCGUGGUGGCCUAAGGGGUCAACGUUGCAGCAAACUGCCUUUCGUGCUGGGCAUCUUCAAAGAAGAGAAGGGCAAAGACUACAUCAAGGUCGAAGACAAGAAUGGUGGUUACCAUGACUGGCAGUUGCUCUCGAGCUUCAUUUACAAAGAGGAGCCGAACUUCAGUGAUCUCGGACAGUUGUUCCGAGGCGACAGGGGAGGUUCUUCCAUCGUGACCUUCUCAAAGCUGAUGGAAGAGCCCACGGUGCUGAACGAUUUCCAACGUCUCAGCAACGGCGAAACUGGUGAAACCGUUUUGUUCCGGAAGCUGAGAGCAGAUUUCAAGGAAAACAUGGAACUGGAACACUUUCCAUUCGACCGGCAGCUGCUUCAAUUCACUAUUACAGCAAGCGUGCCUGUCUCGAUGUUGAAGCUUGAGGUGGAUGAGAAGGUGAAAUCCGUUUGCCGUGUGGAAGAUUUGCCGGAGUACAAGGUGAACGAGGAUGAGAAUGAGGCAGUCGGGAUAUUGAAAGAAAAGACCAUAGCUCCCAAUGUCAACAACAAACAGUAUUCCCAAGUGAAGGUGAUGGUGCAUUUGCAAAGAAAACCGCAAAAGUACAUGGUGAACAUCGUCUUCAUGGUCUAUAUGCUGGUCUUUGCGUCUUGCAGUAGCUUCGUGAUCCCAUUGGAGAAAACAGGAGACCGCAUCGCCAGCAUCAUCACCUUCAUUUUGACCAUCAUGGCAUUGAAAUACGUUAUCAACGAUGAACUGCCAGGUAAAGAUUAUCAGACCUGGCUCGAUUACUAUCUCUUGAUCUCAUAUGUACUCUUGACACUCCCAGCUCUGGAGCUGUUGGCAUUGCAAGUUCUGCACGUGCUCUGGCGCUCUAUUGACCCCGAUGAGAGCCUAGACGUUAUCAGUGCCAAACACGAAGGUUUAGACUUAGCAUUUGCAAUUGUCUUCUUCAGCUUUUGGAAUGGGUCUCAUUUGGUCCUGUGGCUGACGUACAAAUUCUGUCCGGAGUGUUUCUACCAUUCAUGGGACAAGGUGCGUGCGACCCAGGACCACUAUCCAGAUCAAUCCGUGCGAGCUGAGGAGACGACAAGGCCUCGGAUCGCCCAAGUGACGUAA